CACACACACUGCACGCUCCAGGCCCUACUCAUCGCGCUGGGCAACCACCUUCCGGUUCUCCUCGAGUGCGAAGCCGGAUCGCCGCUUCUCGCGCGUACAAUUCGGACUCCAAAGGGCGCGCGAGAAACUGGAGCUUCUGCCCCGCACACGCUGCCGGGAUCUCCAGCCACGUGCCUCCGUCCGCUACCCUUCCGGACGCUACCUGUUGGGCCCUAGAGCCAGAGCCCCUCCACGCCUCAUUGUCCCGCCUCCCGCGCCAGAGGUGGCACAUCUGGCUGCUCACGUGACUCAUCUGGUCCCUUAAGUCACUAGUCUGAGGAGGCAGCUGUCACCAUAACAACCAGAUCCAAAUGGGGAAGCGGUCUGCCGCAGCCCCCCAGAUAGGGAAGCCGCGGGGGCGGGCGGGGGGCGAAGGAGAAAAGGCCCCCGAAGCGCCAUGCUGCUUCAGCAUCUGCGGCUGAACAGGGGCAAGGGCAGCCGGAUGACACCCAUCCCCAUCCUCUCACGUUGCCUAGGCAAGGUAAAAUCCACGGAGCGAGCCUGGCAGGAGUAGGAAGGGAGAGGCGAGAGCGCGCGAGGGGGGGGGGGAAGAAGAGACACAAAGGGAGACGCGAGGAGGAAUCCGAGAGAGGAAGAGCGGAGGGGGAGGGAUUACCGUGGGAAUCAACCUGAGCUCCCCGAGGGAAGAGAGCAGCAGAGAUCUCCCAUCCUGCUCGCGCAAGAGGCAGCCGCUCCCCAAUCAUUUCCCUCCACCCCACGAUGUAGAUCGAGCCCAAGUGAAGGCAGCAUCUCUGAGGAAGAGGAGACAAAGGGGGAUUCUGGGCCAAAGUGACUGCGAGAGGGAAGGAGAGGAAGGUCUAGGAGAGAGAGAGAGAGGGAGGGGAGAGCCUAGCCCCUGCUCCCCUCCCCUUCCUUACCCCGCCCUGGCCAGCGGCACAAACCCACAGAUCCCUCCAGCUGUUGUCAUCUCCCAGCUGUUGGCUGCUGCCUUCUGAUGCCAUGGGGAACAGCUUCUCCAGCAUCCCAGCGCUGCCGAGGGGCAACCCAAGCCGGUUCCAUAGAGUUCAUCACCAGCAUCUCAAUCUCAAAGACUCCAUAGGUGGACCAUUUCCUGCUUCAUCUCACCGAUGCCACCACAAGCAAAAGCAUUGUCUGCCCAUCCCACAGUGUGGAACUCUCUCAGUCAGCCCACUGCUGUUCCACCCCCAUACCAAGGGGUCACAGAUCAUCAUGGACACCACACAGAAGGCAGUCAAGCGUCAGGCUAGCUUCUGUAAUGCCAUCACCUUCAGCAAUAGGGCAGUUGUUAUCUAUGAGCAAGUCAGGCUCAAGAUCACAAAGAAGCAGUGCUGUUGGAGUGGGGCUCUUCGGCUUGGAUUUACCUCUAAGGACCCUUCUAGGAUUAACCCAGAAACCCUGCCCAAGUAUGCAUGUCCAGACCUUGUUUCUCAGAGUGGAUUCUGGGCCAAGGCCCUCCCAGAAGAAUUUGCAAAUGAGGGAAACAUCAUUGCGUUCUGGGUGGACAAAAAGGGACGUGUAUUUUACCGGGUUAAUAACUCUGCCGCCAUGUUGUUCUUCAGUGGAGUGAGGACCACUGAACCAUUGUGGGCUUUGAUUGACGUCUAUGGACUCACACGUGGAGUGCAGCUGCUAGACAGUGAAAUGAUUGCUCCAGAUUGUCUCCGUCCAAGAUCCUUCACUGCUAUCCGGCGGCCUUCACUACGCAGGGAGACUGAGGACACCCGUCUGUCUGUGAGCCUUUGCGACCUCAACCUCCAGGAGGAGAACUUCCAUGUCAUGGCUGCCAUGUGUCCCAUUCCACAGAAUUCCCUCAACUCUCAACAUUCCCACCUUCUCCCAUCCCAGCUUGAAAGUGACCUCCGUUUCCAUCAGCUCAGGGGAGCCCAUAUUAAAAUCCUGGAUGACCAGACAGUGGCUCGCCUGGAGCAUGCUCGAGAAGAGAGAACUUUGGUUUUCACCAGCAGGCCCCUUAGAAUCAAUGAGACCAUAUUUGUCAAGAUUAAUAAAUCCAACACUUCACGUACUGGGACACUCUCUUACGGGGUGACCACUUGCGAUCCUAGCACCCUGAGGCCCAGCGACCUUCCUUAUAAUCCAGAGUCUUUGGUUGACCGGAAAGAGUUCUGGGCAGUUUGUAGGGUGCUGGUGCCUCUCCAGAGUGGAGACAUUUUGGGAUUCAUGGUGAAUUCAGAAGGCGAACUGCACUUGAGCCACAAUGGAGCAAAUGCCGGCAUGCAGGUGUGCGUGGACUGUUCCCAGCCACUCUGGAUGUUCUUUGGUUUACAUGGAGCAGUCAUGCAAAUCCGAGUCCUGGGUUCUACUCUCCUGGCUGAGCGACUGGGCCCCUCUGCACCCAGCUCACCCACCUCAUCUCCAAACUCUCCCUCCGUCCUCUGCAGUGGCAUUUCUGAUCCCAUCCUGAGUACAUGUGGAUCUGGCCCACUUGGCAGCUCACUCAGUGGCACAGCUCCAAACUCUCCCGUCAGCAUGCCAGAGUCCCCCCUUUCCCCCUCCAUCUCAGGGUCCUGGAAUGACGAGUGCACCAUCUGCUAUGAGAACAUGGUGGAUACCGUGAUUUACUCCUGUGGACAUAUGUGUCUGUGCUACACCUGCGGGCUCAAACUCAAGAAGAUGGCCAAUGCCUGUUGUCCUAUCUGCAGACGUGCCAUCAAGGACAUCAUCAAGACCUAUCGCAGCACCUAGAGCAGCAUGGCAGGAAAAGGGUAGGGGCAGCAGGGGACAUGCUCUCUUAUGACAACUCAACAGAACAGGGUGGGGAGGGGCUGUCCAGCUUGCCAAAAUUCCCAUCCUUCCCUCUGCAACUAACUCUGAAUGUUGCUACAUGUGGGCAAAUCCCAGAAAUUUGAGGUCUAAACAUUUCCUUCCUUCCUUGGCAUCUAGCAGAGAGCUACUGACAACAAUCUGAUGUGCAUCCGUCAAGAAAGGUUGAAUUGCAUUCCUCCUCUCUCCCUAGCUCUGGCUCCAUUCACCCACCUUCCUGCAAGGAUCAAAUGAUGCAGAAUAAUCAGAUUUUCUUGGGUAUGUUAGCAGUUUCAUUAUGUGAAUGAAUUCAACCUUUUGGACGUUUAAGUGGAGUAGAAAAAGAACAAGCCAUGUGAGCACAAAACCACUUGCCAGAGCAAGAGGGAUGGCCUCCCCCCAUAGAAAUAUCUCUUGCAAGUGUCUAUUCCGAUGGGCUGGAACUGCCUCUGCCAGCUUUCCUAGUGGCCACAAAUGCACAUCAGUGGCAGCUAGAUCCCAAGCGAAUGUGGUGUAUGCUGGUGCUAAGGAAGGUGAUCUUUGGGUGCUUCUUCUUGUACUGUGCUGAACACGAGAGUCUCACUGUUAACUGACAGCCUUCAAGUUCUACUUUCUAUAAAUGCUCUCUUCCUUUCCACUCCAGUCUGUUCACCCCGCCCUUGGAAGCAGCUGCUGAUAGUGCUACAGCAUGACACUGCAUCCUUUAUGAGCAUUUCCCCCUGCUGCUUUCCCAAACCCACUGGUUUCCUUCUUCUUUUUAAAGCAUUGCAGCAGGAGGCUUUUUCAAUGGCCAACAGGGGUGCCUUCACACCUGUUUUCUGCAAAUGAUGGAGUGCAUUUUAGAAGCCAUAAGGAAGAAGGCACACAAAGGCCUUUUAUCAGGACACUGAACAUCUGUCUCUGCUUUUAAGGAAAGUAAAAGCAUCGGUAAUUUAAUAACCUUUGGCCAAGCUGAAUGUGUGACACAGAGCUGCAUCUAUUUUGUUAUCAUGAAAAAAGAGAGACCUGAAGCAGUUUGUCUUAGUUUUUAAAAAAGGUUUAUUUGGUUUUAUGAAGGAUUUUUAAAGUAUUCUUCCCAACAUGUGAAGGACAAUUGUUUUGGCCUUUCUUGCUCCCAGCACUGUGAAUCUACCUGGCUUGACUGAAUUCUUGGCGUUUCCCUCCAUGCCUUGCUGCAGCUGAUUGUGCUGUGAUGGACAAUAACAAGGCCUCAUUCUUCAGCAGCUCCACUAUCUUCUGUGUUCCAUUUGACAAAUCCCACAUGCAUCCAGAACUGCAGCUUAUCGUCACUUGGCACCAAGUGGGCUAACUACUUCUGAAAUGCCACCAAAUACCCCAGCUGGGAGAAACCUGCAGCCCAGUUCAUCAGCCUCAGCUCCCUAAUAUGAACACCAGAAACAGUUAGGUAAGGAAAGAGGUAGAUUAAGAAAACAUUCGGAAAGGGACAGUGGAUUGCUGAUGUCUGAGAUUUUCAUUUCCCCCAAUGAAAAGUGUUUUGCUUCACCAACUUAGUGGACAGUUUUGCCCUCAUCAGAGUCACGCCAGGCUAAAUGUACAGGCAAUUCCCAUGUUGUGUGUGUGCCAUUUUUCGCUGCGGGAUGCAGCCCCUGUGCAAAUGGAGAGUUGCCUGUAUAGCAUUGAGGCUGUCAAUAUAAUGAUGGCCAACUCAUAUCGGGAAGGCAGAAAGCCCUUUAAUACAGAUGUCCUUAAAAAAAACCCAAGAGGAUUGUGGCACAGCAUUUCUAAAAGACCCAGUUCCCUGCAAUACCUAGCAGCUGCUGCCUGUAAGGAAAAAGUUAGGAGACUCUUGUUUGAAGUAUACCCAGCAUGGUAAUAUUCCUGGACUGGACUGAUUCUUCUAGUACUUGCUGUCUGAGCACUUGGGAGUGCUUCAGCCUGUGCUGGACCUAGCUAAUCCACAGUUUACAAUAGGGAUGGGGAAAUUGUGGCUUUCUAGAGAUCAUUCAACUUCCAUACAUCCCAGUGAGCAUAGCCAAGGAAAAGAAAUGUUGGCAAAUGUAGUACAGCAUCACGUGGAGAGGCACAAGUUUCCCCAUCCUUGGUUUACGGGGAUCAGCACAGUGGCUGCUGAACCACCUCAUUGACACCUGCCUCAUGCAGGUGUGGUCCAAAGAAUAUAGAUAACUGGUUUUCCCCCAUCAAGGCAUUCCUAGUCAACUUGUGCCUAGGACUCAUGAUCUGUAAAGAUAUUGUGAUGUGCAAUACUAAGCAAUGGCACCUCUUGAAAUUUAGUGUCCAUGUUGCUGGAUGUGCAGAAAAUGCCUCAGUUAAAAUUGCCUCUGUUUGGGCAUAUGACCACCUGCGCAUGUGGUGUUCAAAAGAAAAGCCUGCCUGGUUUGGCCCUCCGUCCAUGCUGGCUUGGUCAUGUGCCACCAUUGCAUGAACUGGAUCCAACUGCUGGAAUGUUACUGCAAAUGCCACUUUGAAUAUUUGCACACAGCCAACUCCUCACUGGCUGGGAGCCAGCAAGCACUUUGCUGUUGGUUGUCAAUCUUUGUACCAUGUGAUAGGUUACAGGCACUUCAGAAUAAAAAAAGAUGCAGGUGGAUUGUAGCAAUCCUUUGCAGAAAGGAAAACUGACUCACCUAGUCACAAACCAAAAAUAGAAGCUAUAGUUCCUAAGAGUUUGCUCACUCAUACUAGUCUUGGCCCACAUAAAUUAGCAUUUUUUCCUAACCCCCCCACCCACCUUGAGGUGCUCAUCUGUGCUCUCUUAACUGCACUCAAAUCCCUAAACAGCUUCCCAUUCCACUAGCAGCUUGCAUCUGGCCCUCUGCAGUGUCAACCACUUGCAAAGAAUUUUUUAAAAAUGAGCACAAAGCUUCAAACUCCAUAGCCAUGACAUAAGAGAACCAGAUGUAGAUGGGACAACCAUAUGAUUUAUCUCUGCCUUUGGCAAGUAAGACAUGGAAAGUUAAUUUAUGCCCCUCAAGGCAGGAGCCCUUUCCUACUGUGGCACCAUAAGAUCAUUUGAACCAGGAUCUGACAAGACCAUUCUCUCUCUCUCUCUGUGUGUGUGUGUUGUCUUCCGUUGAGUUCAUUGCAUCUAUUCCAGUAUAAGUUGUGUGAAGAGAACAUCUGGUACUACCUUUCAUGUCCUAUAGCAGAGAUGGGAACCUUUGGCCCUUUAGAAGUUGCUUAAUUUCCAUCAGCCACAGCCACCAUGACCAGUCUGGAUCAGGGAAGAUCAGAAUGACGGCACAGCAACAUUUGAAGGCUCCCCACAGCUGCCCAAUGGCCAUAAGUAGAAAAUUACAAACUAAGGCUGUAGUCAUAUGCCCACUUACUUUGGAGUUAAGUCUUUUUGCACAAUCAUGGCUAGAAACAGGCUGCAUUCAUUCUGCAAGGUUCCCAUCAAAUCAAGUCUCCUCCACAGCUACAGUAUAAAAAGAGAGAGAUAACAUUUGUUUCAGCAGUUGGGGCAAUACAUAAUAUGCAGUAACAUAGGGAAGAGACAGGACCAGCAUUGUCUGGAUAUUUCACGCAAGACACAUUCACCUUGAUCUGGUUCUGGUUCUUUGUGAUCCAGGAGCUCCUCUUCCCUGAAUAGUUCCCUCCGUUAUCUGAAGAGAGGAAGUAGGUCUGCAUGUGUAUUUCCUUCCCAAUAAAAGAUUUGCUGCCUCUACUCAGCUGAUUGAGGCAGAGUGUAGGGACAGGAGCCCCACAUGAGCAGAUAAGUGAAUAUAUAUGGCUUUGGAACAAGGUAUUUGUGGCUAUAUAUCUUGCUUUCACA